AUGCUGACAUAUGGAGCCUCCUUGGAGGAUGUUCCUCCGGUGAAGGAGGUCAUCCUGGAGGUGCGGAUACUGUACAUGGAGUUCAAUGCCGAAGCGUUAGCCCGCCUUGAGAACAAGGACAAACUCUCUAUCGCCGUCAUGUACAAGGGGGAGGACCUGGCUCAGGCCUGCGGGGAUGGUCGGCGGGUAUCUUACAAGGUGUUUAGGAAAAAGAUAGACGACACCUCUGUCACUCUAACUAUCAACAGCACCUUCCAGCUUCCCUUCAGCUCUGCGUUUCCAAUGGCCAAUCCCAGUCUGGAACUCUAUGUGAUGAUGCCAAUUUCAGGAGAGCCAGAGUUCGAUCUCAAAGGUCUCACAUCGCACAUCGAUGAGCUCCUCGUUCAGAUGGAACGAGACGGUGUUGUUGUUGUUCCCAUGAUUACGCGUUUGAAGGCAGGCUUUUUGGGGUGGGACCGAUGUGCGACAAAUACUUUCGACUAUCUCUUAGACAAAGCGGUUGUCAUGGAUACUCCAGCCGCGUCGGGCGUCUGUCUGGGAUCUCUCCCGUUCGACAGGACCCAAGAAGGCAUUCAGCUACAGGAGAGGAAGCAACAGCAAGGUGAAGCCAAUACUGAGCAAAGCUUCUCAGAGGAGAUGCUCGAAGAGAAGCCGCAGCUACCUCCUGUGAGGCAUUUUCACCUUAACGAAAUCCGCAGUAGCUUGGACAAGUGGAGAGAACGGUGCCUUUUCCGUAGACUCCCAUCAGAGCAUCCCCUUCGCAUAUUCGCCCUGUUCAAACGCGAUCAGCUGUUUAUUAGCGGUCAGGCAAUUGGUCAGUCCCACUCGGGGCUUUUGUUGGCGAUUCUCGUCUUGGGAGAUGAGAAAAUCGACAUGGAAGAGGCGAGCAAACUCUACGGAGUAGAGAUUCAGGCGCAGCGGAUGAUGAACGACGCAAUCGUCGAAUUGAAGAGGCAUUCCGCUGAGGGCACUGCUGAAGGAUCAAAGAAUCUAAGACUGACGAGUCUUACUCCAGUCCUUAUGACAGCCGUGGACUACAAAGGUUUUCGAGUUGUAGUAAUCCCGCUGCCUGAGUCCGUACCAGAAAUCGUCGAGUGGCCUCAGCCUCUAUCUUCUCGUGUUCGCCACGAGGUCUCCUUUAUCGAAAAUAAACUCAACAUUUGCAACCUGUUGAAACCAGUUUCACCUGAAAACCCACCUCACGACGUGACUGUCCUCUUGUCAGUGAAAAACAGAGGCGUUGACAUGAUGAUGCUCUACCGGACAUGCUACGCGGUACCCCUUUUUCCUGGGAAGGAAGCAAGUGACUCUCGACCUUCCAUCUCCCAGCGUCUCCGAACUGUUCCUUUUGAAUAUUCCGCCGACAUGGAAAUGGCCUUAAAAAAUUGUCAACAAAUUUCCCAGCAGACACCAGCUAAGCCGAUUGUCCCGGGCCAAGCGUAUCAGGAUGCGAUUGUCCGGUCCCCUUUUAGUCGCUUAUACUCCCCGAUAGGCGAACUUGCGAUUGCUGAGUUGGAGCGAAUGGAGCCUUACGGCCCGUACGACUCAAUAUCCCUGACAGACUACCUCCAUCGACGCGGCAUUAACAUUCGCCUAUUGGGUGAGCUGGCAGAGAACGCGCCUACUGAAGUCUUACUUCAAGUUGUCGGAAUGCUACUGGAUAGUCCUCUUCUGGGAUUGCACAACACACACGAUGUUACCGUUGGUUUUCUUGCUUAUGUGUUUCUUUCAAGGCACAAUGUGUAA